AUGUUCUCGUGGCGCGGUGCUCCAAGCCCGUCAUCUAGCCGGCUUCUUACAGCUUCUAAGCCGUUGAGAGAGACCCAAAACAGUCCUCACAGGGCUACUAUAGCUCCCAAGUCUGAGAUGAAUAAGCCGCAGGUCAACGGAACGGCCAGCUGGUAUAACCACAAGGAGUUCCUUCGUUGUGUUGCCUUAAUGGAACUGCCCCGCCUGACGGCUCACACGGCUUGUAUAACUGACCUCUGCACAAACCUCCUACAGCUCGACCGUCAAUUAUCACUGUUUAAAGAAACUGAAAGCUCUUUUGAGCAGCAAUUAAGUGGAUAUAUGCGAAUCAGGCUCCUCUUCUACAUCGGGGUUUUUCUUCUUCGUGUCCACAAGAAGAAACGAAAUGACCGGUUUCGGAAUGCCUCAUUCGCUUACUUUCGGCUGUGUGCUUUAGAGGAAGUUCAACGUGUUAGCAACGUAAAUUUCCUGAACAACCACUUCUGGGAAUCUGCUUACACUGAAAGCAUUUGCUUGAAACUCCAGGCAGCAAGCAUUGCUCAUAAUUCAGUUCAGCUGAUGAGCUCCUCUCAAAACACUGAUACGUGCUCCCAUCUUCCCAGCGAAAAGUCCUUGCCGCCUUGGAAAGCCGUACUGUCCUCUGUGCUUGCAGAAUGUAAUCUCGAGAAUGCAGAAAAACCAUUCAGCUAUGUUAUGGACAGCAGCUUUGUGAAUAAAGCGAUGUACGAACAAUCUGUGCAGCAAGAAUAUGUCGAAGGAAUUUUUAAAGAACUGCUAUUGCGGAAUCCCGAGGAUCUGAACAUAAUUAUUUGGUUUUUGCUGCAGUCAACGGACAGCUGUCCUUCCGAUCUGCAGGAUGGCGCCUUCCCCGAGGACCGCUUAAUACUCCUUAGUCUCAGUAAGUGCAAAAUUUCCAGCAUAAACCUGUUUGACUAA